AUGACAUCAAGUCAAGCAAGUAUGAUGUUAGAAUCGAUCCCAAGAGAUCUCUUCGAAAGAAAUAUCGCUAUAGAUAUCCUGAGAACGUUGUUGCCCUGCUGUAGUCACGAUACUCUGGAAAAUUACUAUUUCCUCUUCCCUCUUCUCCUUCACCGACUUCAAAGUUCAGACGGAAUGGAUAUAUACUAUUUUGGAUGUGUCAAUAGUCAUGACCAAGUAAGGUACAUACACGAUACUGCUGACGUGCUCUCGUCGUACUGCGUGAAGAAUUCCAAAGACUUCCCUUUCACAUGCAUAAUUGAGCGUCUUACUGACUGUAUAAUCGCCUUGCGAACGUCCUGCGACGCUCAAGGUAUGUUUUUUUUCUCUGCCUCACCUCUGGUGUAA